ACAGCCCCUGAAUCCAGGAAGAGCACCUGCUUCCCUAGGGCAGUCAGGGGACAGGAGGGCCCCUCCCAGACUUGUGUUUGCCCUGCCCUGUGUAUUCAACCGGCAGGCUCCAGAUGAGGAAGCAAAAAGCAGGGAACCCUGCUCAGUUGACAGCCUGCUACUGGACAGUACCAGCUGGGGACAAGGUACCCUGUGCCGGAGCAGCUCCAGGUGACACCAGGGGGCUGAAGACACUCCCACCAGGGGCUCGACAGGAACAAUGGGGAACCAAAUGAGUGUUCCACAAAGAGUCGAAGACCAAGAGAACGAUUCAGAAACAGACACGUACAAGGUGUCAUCCGGGGGUGAGAGUUCUCAAAACGGGAUGAUCAUAUCGACCUACACGGUUCAACUGUACGAGGAAGUCGAUUUGGGAAUAAGUGUCAAGGAAGAUAAUGUGGCCACUUCUUCCCCCAAGACAAUGGAGAUAAGCACUGUCGCGGAGGCCAACGGACAGAAUCUUGGGAAAGAGGCCAAGCCCCAGGCACCAGCUGCUAAAUCUCGUUUUUUCUUGACACUCUCUCGGGCCGUACCAGGGCGUACUGGAGACCAAGCCACGGAUUCAUCCCCUGGAUCACUAAAGCUUGAUGUCAGCUCCAAUAACGCUCUAGGGAACAAAGAACCGAGUGAGAGCAUGGCCCUUCCGGUAGCAGCUGCACGGGGCCACGACCCAGAUAAAACCCCCGGCCAGACCCCGGCCCAAAACCAGGGCUUCUCUGCCGCUUGGGGACCAGCGCCUCUCCCACCUGAGUCAGGGGGAGUAGCCCCCUCCAAGCCUAAGGACUCCGGCUUUUUUGACAAACUCUUCAAACUGGACAAGGGACGGGAAAAGGCACCCGUUGGCCACCAACAGGAAGCCACAAGUGUGGAGUGUCAGGACCAGGCCGACGCAAUUCCUGGAUUAUCCGGGCGAGCUGAUGAUGCACCUGCAGAGAGGGACAUAGUUGACAAGGGCAAAGAAGGACAGGACACCACGCCUGUGGGUUGUGCUAUCCCCGGGGACUCUGAAGAACCGGAGACCGCAAAGGAGGACCUCCAGACAACAGACAUAUCCGAGAAUAAUAACUCCAUCAUGAGCUUCUUUAAAACACUGGUUUCACCUAACAAAACUGAAACAAAAAAAGAUCUGGAAGACACGGCACCCAAAAUAGAAAGUGUCUGUGAUGGACAAGCUGGCCAGAAGACAUCUGAGAUCCAGGCUAAAGGCACCAAGAAGAAGCACCUGCAUAGCCCCAGGCUGGGAUUCACCUUUAGAAAAUUCUUUAGGCAUAAGCCAAAUGUGAACACAAGAGAAACUUAUUGUGGAGAAGGUAAAGAAAGUCAUCUGAGUGCUGAAAAGUCACCAGCCACUUCCGACAACCUCAAGUCAGACAAAGCCAACUUUGUACCCCAGGAGACCCAAGGAGCAGCAAAGAAUCCUCCAUCCACCGAAACAGCAAAGGAAGGAGCCAAGGAAAAGGGGGGACCCACCUCUCUGCCCCUGAGCAAACUGUUCUGGAAAAAGUCAGUUAAAGAGGAUUCAGUCCCCACAGGUGCAGAGGACGAUGUGGUGUGUGAAUCACCAGUAGAGGUUAUAAAGUCCGAGGAAGUAGCCUCCGCCUUACAAACAGUGGAUCUCAACGAAGAAGGAGCUGCCACUCCAGAACCCACGGAAGUCAAACUCAAGAGAGAAGACCGCAAGUCAUCGAGAAACUCCCUGAUGGCAUUUCUCAGACAAAUGUCAGUGAAAGGGAAUGGAGGGAUCACCCACCCAGAAGAAAUAAAUGGGAAAGACUCCAGAUACCAAACAACAGACUCCACAGAGAAAGCCAUCACACCACCAGAGCCGGAGCCGGCCGGGGCAGUCCAGAAGGGGAAAGAGUGCUCCUCGAAGGACAAGAAGGCGACGGCUGAGAUAAACAAGCAGAAAAGCAAAAAGCAGGAAGCCAAAGAACCGGCCCCAUGUGCCCAGCCGGUUGUGGUGGAGGCGAACUCACUGCAGGGCGGAGACAAGCCCCAAAAGAGACCUGAGAAGCGGCGGCAGUCCCUCGGGGGCUUCUUCAAGGGCCUGGGACCAAAGCGGAUGUUGGAUGCUCAAGUGCAAACAGACCCCGUAUCCAUUGGACCAGUUGGCAAAUCCAAGUGCACAGGGAAGUGUGUCUUCUCCAAUGUCAAGAAGAAGUGGCCUUUUCCAAGAAUUGAGCUAUUGAGCUGAAAUGGCCGCCAUUGGGAAAACAAAAAGCAAAAAAACUCUGCUUUCCAGUUUCAGCUGAUGGUGACUUUUGACUGAUACGCAUAAAUGAAUUCGUUGAAAAGUGCAGUUGUUCUCAGCAACCAUUAAAUCCCUCAUGAAUUCAUUAUUUUGGGGAAGAGGACACAUACCCAAAGAAAUGCCAAAAGGGAAGAGAAAGAGAAAGAAAGUGAAGAAGUUCUUGUGUUUUGUUGUACCCCCUGCUCUUUAAACAAAUUAUCAGGGAUUUACACACACACACACACACACACACACACACAUACACACUGUAGCUGGAUUGUCCUUGUUUGUUUGCAAACAGUCCAGAUUUAAAUUAGAUUCCAAGAGGCUAGAAUCCGUCUGCUGGCUCUUUCAGGAGUCCCGCUGGGCUGGCUGCUUCUCAAAGAGCCUGGAAGGGAGCAGAUUUCUACACACUGGACCUGACAACUGUCAUUUCUUAUAUCAGAUAGUCCCGAAUUCAUCUUAAGCUUUAAAAAAUUAAAUCAGCUAGCCUACCUGCCUUAAAGAGAAGGAAAGUGAUUUCAAUUAUUAGCUCACCAACGUUGCAAACACAGAGAACGCGCUUUGCAGAAACGUAAGAUGAUAAGGGUUGCUUUUAACCAUCCUCCCAAUGUCCCUUUUCUAAGCCUUUUCUUAAAAAGGCAGUUCCCAUGGUGAGUAGAAUCAGGCUCCUCUGUGGUCUAGACCGUAUUCACUCUAUCUGUGAAAAUAAAGUGGUCCUGACCCGCUGGAAAGUAUGGGCUCCGUUAGGGAGAAAAGAAAUUACUUACUGAGCAGCAAAAUCUGUAAAUUUGUAAUUCAGAUCUUUAGUGCAGGCCUGAAUCCCGGUGAGGAUCCAACCCUUUGCAUAAAUUGGUUUUCUGGGAAGUUUAACCCUUUCGCCUCUGUUUCUCUUCCCCAGAAAGCUACUUAUUCCAGCGUCUCCAUCCCCUGGCCCUUUAAGGAGCCACAGCAGAUGCAGCAACCCAAGCAGCUUCACUGAAACAAGGGUAAUAAUAAUAAUGCGUUAGGUUAUCACACUUCACGGUUUAUAGAAUGCUUUUUGAAUGUAUUAUCUAAUUUAAAGCUGUAUGCACCUAACUGAAUUUAAUUUCUUCCUUUGUUAUAUUUUGUUAUGAGGGGAGGCGCAGGCACCUGUGUGGCUUUUUUUUUUUUCCCCUCAAAGGAUCACUUCUUGACAAAAUGGCCCCCAGCUGCAUUUCUGACAAAGAUUACUGCUUACGUGAUUGACUCUCAUGAGAGAUGUUUUUAUUUAAACCUGGCCACAUGAGGGAGUUCCAGGACCUGGGGUUCUACAAUCUCCAGCCAGGCCUUUUUCUCUGAUUGCCUAACUGGGAGGUUGGGCGGAAGCAGUUCUUAGGAAUGUUUGUUGAUUAACUUCUAGAAAGUGGUCCAGUUCAAAGAAAAGAACUAGAACCAGAGGGCUAAUGGUUGUGCUCCCACUCCCCCCAUGCUCGCGGCAACUCCACAAAGUAGGUACUAUUAUUAGCCCAUUGUUUAGGAAGGACCUUAAGCUUCUUCCAACACUGGGCUGAGAGGAGUGGAAAAACCAACCAACCAACUUGAUCUUUGUUUCCGGGGGCUGGGAUCACAGAAGGCCUGGACAUGGUAGAUACAUAAUAACUAUUGGUCGAACGGAUAAAUUGAUAGAUAAACGUUCUAUGGCCACAUCCACUGGGAAGUGAUUUGCCUCUAGUGUGAGUUUAUUUCAGUCCCGAGUAUUUGGUCCCUCUAAUCAGAUCGUCCCCCUCCCAGGUGGCCAUCCUCCUAACAAUCAACAUCAGACCAACAUCAGUACCACCUGAGAGAGAACUAGGUAGAACUGCAAAGUCUUGGGCCCCACUCCAGACCCAGUGGAUCCAAAACUCUGGGGCUAGGGCCCAGCAAUCUGUGUUUUAGCAAGCCCUCCAGGUGGUUCUGAUCCAUGAAAGCAGUUGAACGCCACUGAUCUAGAUACAGCUACCGCUUCACUGAGCAUGGACUGAAAAAGACCAGCCCUGACGAUGCAAAGGUAGCAGCUCACACUGGACCUGACUGAAUGCCAGAUAUUGUGAGUCACAGGAAUUACCUUGUUUUCUGCCCAUUUUACAGAUGAGGAAACUAAGGCUCAGAGAGGAAAAGCAGUUUUGCCCAAGGUCACACAUGGCAGAGCCAAGGUUGAACACUCAGCCUAACCUCUUCAAGUCAUGUUUUCAUGUUUGUGGGAGAAACAGGCAGGCAAAAAGACAAUAAUAAUAUGAUGUAAGAGCCGUAAAUACAGGGUGUUGUGGAACUCAGAGGAAGGCGCUGCCACAAGACCACAGGGAAUGGAGUUUGGCUAUGUGAGGUCGGGACAGUUGAGCUAACUCACAAAGAAUGAAUAAGAGUUUGCCAGAGGGGUUCCCAGCAGAAGAGGAAUGUAAAAGCAAGUAGUUCCGCAUGGCUGGAGUGAGGCUGUGACGAGGAUACAUAAGAUGGUGGGAGCUGGAGAGGAGGCACAGACCAGACCAAGGAUGUGUGGUAAGGAGCCCAUAGUAGGAAGUUUAAACUUUCUCCCAAGGGCAGUAAGUAGGGAGUCCUGGGAGAGAUUUGAGCUGGAGAGGGACAGAGUAUGAUUUGUUUUGGUUGCAGGUAGGAUUUAAUACAGACUCAAUUCCACUAAUGUUCAUUGAGUGACCCGAACUCUUGACUAGAUAAUGUAUAAUCAUUUUCUUUCUAACCUCUUUAAAGAGUGUAAGAAAUGCUCACUUACAUAAAACUUCUCCAUGGCUUUCGCCCGUAAGAGGAUAUGUAAAUGCCUAUUUCCAAGGGUCAUAAAUGUGCAGGUGGAAUUUGGCCCAUCCCCCCACGUCUGUAACCCAAGGCUGGGAGGUCUUGAGCAAGUUACUUCAUUCCUCAGAGCCUUAGUUUGUUCCUCCAUAGGAUGGGAAUAAUCAUAGUACUUAGAGAGUUACUGAGAAGAGUAAAUGAGACAAUGGAUUUCUAGCUUGUACCUAUAGUGCCUAGUGAGUGCUAAGUGCUUCCUGAGCAUUUUUGAUGGGAUACGGAUGGCAUUUGCCCAAGAUGGACUGUCUGUGUUUUUUAUCAUGGGCUGAAAGACCACCCAAUCUUUGGGACACCCUUAGACUGUGUCCUAGUCUCUUCCCAUCCUGGUAAUCAGUUGACUGGCUAGCUGAUCGAAAGCAAGAGAAAGAAGGGAGGAGAGAAGCAACAAACAACGCUGAUUUGCCCUGGUGCCCAUCCCAUUCUAAAGUAGCCGAAUUUCCGGGAAGGGGACUGCCUUUGGCUUCCUUUGGUUGUAUCUGUGUAUAAUAUUAGGUUGCCAUAGUAACAGAGGCUGUGGCUGCUGCGCCUCAUUUCUCUUGAGCCCACCUCUGAGUUCACCUUUAGCACUGAGAGCUUCCCACCUCAAAGGGCCCCCUACCCCCACCCCUGGUUAUUUGCUCUCCUUCUUGAUGGCUUUUUCCAGAGGGCUGUGGGAACUUGUUCAGUCCAUCUGCAGGAUGUCCUGGAAAUGCCUGACAUUUUAUAUCCCCGGGGCAACCCUCAACCAAUGAGGGAUGGAAGAUGGCAGAUAAAUAUCUUAGCUUCCCCAUCUCUCACUGGGACAAUUUUGAGGUGUCCUCAACAUGUUCCCACAAGGGUCCCCCGCAAGAUGGAACCAACCCUAGCUGCCCACAGUAGUUUCAUACUCAUGUAUGCACUCUCCCUCCUAUGUACUUCCUGGGAUCACU